AUGGAGCUGACUUUCGUCACCGAGCUCGGCCAGUCCUUCGUCGUCGAGAUCGACCCCAACAUGGAACUCGAGAACGUCAUGGCGCUACUCGAGGCUGAGUCUGGCAUUCCUGUCAGUGACCAGAGCCUCUCUUACGAAGGCCGCGACAUCAGCAAUCCAAAGGCAACAAUGGUCGAAUGCGGAGUCGGAGACAAGGCCAUGCUCCUUCUCCGCAAGAAGGUGCACAUUGCAGGCACCAGUCGGUCGAUGGAGCAGGACGCGGAGAUGAUGCGCCUCCAGCUUCUCGGAGACCCCAUGCUCAUGGCCCAAAUACGACAGCGCAAUCCAGAGAUCGCGGACGCUGCACAGAACAACCCCGCGCGCUUUGCAGAGUUGCUCCGGCAGACGCACACCAUGCACGCGGAAGCAGAGCGCGAGCGCCAAAUGCUUGAAGCAGACCCUUACAGCCUCGAGGCACAGCGCAAGAUUGAAGAAGCAAUCCAGCAGCAGGCCGUUCUCGAGAACAUGGAGCACGCGCUCGAGUAUUCGCCCGAAUCCUUCGGGCGCGUGAUCAUGCUCUAG